GAAGUGACGCGCUCUCAGCGACAACGUAUUUCCGGUCCCCAGUGCCGACUCGGUCGCAGAGGGACAGACUUCUCUGGUUCGCUAACUCGGCUGCCCUGGAGGAUUCAUGCGCGUUUGAUAAGGUAACUUUGAUGAAAUCAUGACCAGGUGGGCACGAGUUACUACCACACGUAGCAAGAGACCUUUGGCUGCAACAUCAUGGGAGGACAUGAAGAAGGGGUCCCUUGAGGGAGAAGACCAAAACCUACCAAAGAGUAGACAACUUGAAGCCAAUAGGCUCUCUGCUAAAAAUGAUACGCCUCAAGCAAAACACAAAAAGAACAAAAAGAAAAAGGAGUACUUAAAUGAAGAUGUAAAUGGAUUCCUGGAAUACUUAAGGCAAAACCCACAGAUGGUUCAUAAUGGAGAGAGGAUAGCAACAGACAGUCAGGAGGUAAGGGAAGAAAUUGCAGUUGCUUUAAAGAAAGAUAGUCGCCGGGAAGGAAGAAGACUAAAAAGACAAGCAGCAAAGAAAAAUGCAAUGGUAUGUUUCCAUUGUAGAAAACCUGGCCAUGGAAUUGCAGAUUGCCCAGCCGCCCUUGAGAAUCAAGAUAUGGGCACUGGAAUAUGUUACCGGUGUGGGUCCACAGAGCAUGAAAUAACCAAGUGCAAAGCCAAAGUAGACCCAGCUCUUGGUGAAUUUCCUUUCGCAAAAUGUUUUGUUUGUGGGGAAAUGGGACAUCUGUCCAGAUCUUGUCCUGAUAAUCCCAAAGGACUUUAUGCUGAUGGUGGUUGCUGCAGACUUUGUGGCUCUGUGGGACAUUUUAAGAAAGAUUGCCCUGAGAGUCAGAAUUCAGAUCGAAUGGUCACAGUUGGUCGCUGGGCAAUGGGAAUGAGUGCAGACUAUGAAGAAAUUUUGGAUGUGCCUGAACCACAGAAACCCAAAACAAAGAUACCUAAAGUUGUUAAUUUUUGAUAAUGAUUAGUACUAUCAUUAGUUACCACCUCAUUGUGAGCUACUCUGAACUGGGCCUACCUCACAUACUGGAGCUGAGCUCCCUUGGAGACCUGUGUUGUAGACAUCAGUAUGAUGUGCAUAUGGUCAGAUAGUUUCCUGAGUGCUGUCCAUUAAAGAGUGCCUCUAUCACUGGAGAAAAUCAUUGAAGAAAAGUAUAAGAUUUUUAAAUUGGAUUCUCUAAAAGAAUAUUUUUAACAGGUAGAACUUAGGUAUAACCAAGUGGUUACAUACUUGAUUGUAACAAUCAUCUUUUUCUUAAAAACUAUGCAUUAAUGUGAACCACCCUUAAAGUAUAACUUUUGCGUUUAGAAAUGAAGUUUGGUUAUAUUGUUUUCUUGGUUCAAAAUAUCAAUUUAUUAUUAUAUUAGGAAUUUAUAAGUUGCCACAAUACUGUAUUUUUAAAAUAUUUAAUUCAAAAAUCAUUUGCUAUGUACUUAUUUUUCUGAAUACCUCAUUCUGGAUUGAACUAGCCAUUGUCUGUGUAUGUCCAGGUAAUCCCUUUGGGAACACAAUCAUUUUAUGAAUUCUAGAUGAGAUUAAUUUUGGUUAAUUUUUGUUUUAGUUUUGACAUAAAGAAGCACAAAUUAUUGAGGUAACAUAGAAGAAUACGUUAACAACAGCUCCUUCUUUGUCCUGGAUUUUCAAGAGUGAAAUUCUAGCCAAAAUUAUUUUGGGGUAUUUAACCAGAAUGAUGUUACUUAACAGAUUGUAUAUCACACUUAAUAGCAUUUUGUUCAUGUGUUUUAGAUGAGUCUGGGUGAGAUGCAGGUAUCACCAUAAUAGAGUUAGAAUGCUAAUCAGAGACCCAUUAGCUUCUUUGUUGGAUUUUAUGAAUACAUGCAUACUUAAUACAUGUAUUUCACAAGGCUAGGGCUCAUAUUGUAAUGGAAUGACUCUAGUGGAUUGUGUGUUUCAUUUGGAAUUUUACCUGAUUGGAUACAUUUGUAACUAAAGGAAACAGCUGUGAUUAGUUACUGUAGCUUCAAAAGCAAAAUAUUUACCAAAUAAGAAACACUUUUCUCUCUCUGCAAAGCUCAACAGUUCUAGUCUUAAUAGGAGCUGUUGUUUUAUUUUUGGUGUGAGAGGUAAACAUGAUAGAAUACAACUCAGCAUCCCAGAAUGUAAGGAAAGGAGUGUCAUUUAAAAGAAAUCACACAAGUCAUGUAGCUGGAAAAGGAUAGCAAUGCUGCCUUAGUCAUUUAGCCCAAACACACUCAGAUUUAUUUCACCUAUCCUAUCAGGUGUCAAGGACUCUGGCCAGUCAAAACCUGUCUCCAGUGAGGAAGGCAAGCAUUAAAUAUUUCCCAAGUACCUGCUAUAUUCCUGGUACUCUCUUAGGCACUAGGGAUUGUGACAGUGAUGAAGACAAGGUCACAUGCUUUCUAAUGAGGCUUUAGGAUGGAGAGGAGACUUGGGGAGAGAUGCAUAUCAGAAAUAUCAGUAUAUCAGAAAAAUAUCAGAUAUUUUAUUACACUUUAAAAAUAUUCUACUGAAUCGCCUAAGACUUGGUCAUUAAUCACUCUUCCUUCAGUCCUUUGGAAAUGUCACCUCUUACAAGCUUAUCAUUCACUUUUCUGUGGCUGACUCCUAAAUCCGUCUGGCCCUAAUAUCCUCAAUUACAGUUCCUACUUGGAUGUUCCACCAAUACCUCAAGUCAUUACUGCAGUAAUUUUCAAAACAAUAUAAAUUCAAAGACCUACGACAGGCAGAGGUUGGAAGUGUCUCAAUUGUAGGAGAGGUGUGAAAUUUUACCAUACAAAAUUUUAGUUAACUCCAUUAUAGCUAAUUUUUUUGCUUUUUAAAAUCUAAAAAUAUUCUAAAAAAUUUUUCUGCUUCUGAAAUGUACAGGCAUUUAAAUCUACAUAUUCACCCUUAAUGUAUGUAAGUGUUAAUUCAUAAAAUUGGAGCACAGUCCAAAGUUUAUGUAAAUGAAAACCUGCUGACACGGAAUAAAACUAAUUAACAACCAGA